AUGUAUGGGGCGUACUACGACUUACGCGAUCCCGCCGGACCAAGGAUUCGAUUACUCGCCAUUAUGGACACCAAAAUAAUCACAAUGGCCCAAAUACUGCUACGCCUCGAUACGCAGGUGCUACGGAUUGCUGAAAUUAAUGUGUUGGCUGAUGAAGCUGCUCACGCAUUUUAUUUCGGUUGCAAGUACCAGGAGGUAGAUAUCGUCUCGGAGGUUUAUAAUGGGCAUCUUCCAAAUAUUGUUAGCCAGACGAUUCCACUACAACCACUAGCUACAAACUACGACUCGGGGUUGACGGUGUGCCAGAAGCCGUUGCAUUGCCUACACUCCGUAUCGAUCCCGACGAUGAAGUUAAUAGAAUAUUAUAAACGACUGGAAUUGGUAGAUUUCCAAUGGAUUUCCCAGAUGCCAAUGGUUGGAGGGACGGACCCCAACAACGCGCUCGACUGGCAAGGAGAACACCUUUUCGAGCAACUCUGCUCGUAUAGAUCAACUACAAAAUACACUGCUAUCGCCGACGUCGAUGAAUUUCUGGCGAUCAGCAACGGGACUGAUAUCGUCAAGUUAUUGGAGGCCCUGGCUUUCAAGGAAGAGCAUCCCAGCUCAUUCCGUUUCGAAACUGUGCCCAUCACUCUUCCGGAGAAGAUCUUGUCCGGACAGUCAAUUCUGAACCUGACGUCGCUAGAAGAUGUGAAAGUCAGAGAUGCUAGCAAAGAAGAAAGGUGCAUCUACCGCACGGAGCAAACUCGGACCUCCCAACGUCUACUCUGUCCGAUGCCAACCGGCAAACAUUGCCAAGAAGAAAUGCUGAAAGUGGAAGAAUGGGUGUUGCCUAGCAACAAGGAAGGAAAUGUUUGGACUGUUGUG